GACACAGUUGUGACAAAUGUAACAACAAUUUGUGUCUCCUGCGCAGCUUAGCGGCAAUAGUCUCCCAUCCAGGACAGCCGACGGUUGUGAAGAUGCUGACCAAAGCACUCGUCGUGUUCGCAGCUCUUUCUCUGGCCGCGGGGAAGCAAACCGGAGACGUGGUCCACCCCUGCGUGCUGAGCGACCACCACUGCAUCCGCGACAACCUGAAGGCGAACUCGCACUGCCGGCCGGUCCGGGGUUCACUUCCCGGCCAGUACACCGCCGGCCAGUGGCGGUUCGAGACGCCUUACUUUAACGCGUCUUACAUCGACCAGGGGCUGGUUAUUAGGAACCAUGAUAAAUGCUACGUGUCUGAGUUCUUUUUCAACAAGAAAACCGACGUAGCUGUCAUCGCUAUUGACUGCCCGAACCUCGUGUUCGAAUCCGAUCGUCUACUGUUACAGCACUACUCACUAAAGGAGGAUACCACUUACAACUACCACAUCAGAGGCACCUACCCUCUGAUCCGCUUGACGAUGAACGUGCCGAAAGCCAACCGCCUGAACAUCUGCAACGGGUUCACGUUUGCCGACGUCACGGCUCUGCCAAUCUUCCACAUCGACCCUAAAGACAAGCCAACAGCGGACUUCCUGACUCCAGACCUGUCCUACUUGAACAUCUACGAGCGAGAAACGUUCUUCUACCGCGCCAACUACCUGCUCCGAGCAUACGUUAACUCCUACAUCUGCGACUUUGGUUGCAAUUAACUUACAUUUUUGAUUAUUUUAGAAUUUUUAGACUA